AAUUAGUGAAUUGCUGUGGUGAAUAAAAGUCGAUUGGAUUGGCCAGUGGAAAGUCGCGAAGGACAGCUGGAAGCGACGAACAAAACGGGACACACCAUGAAACUGGUGCUCUUGCUGAGCGCCCUGCUGGCGGGGAUCGCCCUUUCCCGAGGCGCCGCCGUGAUGUCCGUGGACCUGGGCAGCGAGUGGAUGAAGGUGGGCGUCGUGUCGCCCGGCGUGCCCAUGGAGAUUGCCCUGAACCGCGAGUCCAAGCGCAAGACGCCCGCCAUUCUGGCCUUCCGCGAUGGAGUUCGCACGAUUGGCGAGGAUGCCCAGACGAUUGGCAUCAAGGAUCCCAAUUCGGCAUAUGGCUAUCUCUUGGAUUUGCUGGGCAAGACCAUAGAUAAUCCUAUUGUUGAUUUGUAUAGAAAACGCUUUCCCUACUACAACAUUGUGGGCGAUCCGGAGCGCAAUACGGUGAUCUUCCGGAAGAGCGACACCGAGGAGUUCUCCGUGGAGGAGCUGGUGGCCCAGAUGCUGGUCAAGGCCAAGCAGUUUGCCCAGGAGUCUGUCCAGCAGCCGAUCACCGAGUGCGUACUCACGGUGCCGGGUUACUUUGGUCAGGCGGAAAGGGAGGCUCUCCUGGCAGCCGCCCAAUUGGCCAAUCUCAAGGUGCUCCAACUGAUCAACGACUAUGCAGCGGUGGCCUUGAACUACGGCGUCUUUCAUCGCGGCGAAAUCAACGAGACGGCCCAGUACUUCCUCUUCUACGACAUGGGCGCCUACAAAACCUCGGCCGCGGUGGUCAGCUAUCAGUUGGUGAAGGACAAGCAGACGCGCGAGGUGAAUCCAGUGGUCCAGGUGCUCGGCGUGGGCUAUGAUCGCACGCUGGGAGGUCUGGAGAUUCAGUUGCGUCUGCGCGAUUACCUGGCCAAGGAGUUUAAUGCGCUGAAAAAGACCAAAACCGAUGUGACCAAGAAUCCCAAGGCUCUGGCUAAGCUUUUCAAGGAGGCGGGACGCCUAAAGAACGUGCUCUCGGCCAACACAGAGUUCUAUGCGCAGAUUGAGAACCUGCUGGAGGAUAUUGACUUUAAGUUGACGGUGUCACGCGAGAAACUGGAGCAAAUUUGCGAGGAUCUGUGGCCCAGGGCCACCAAGCCACUGGAGCAGGCUUUGGCCUCCUCGCAUCUCAGUUUAGAUGUAAUCAACCAGGUGAUUCUGUUUGGCGGCGGCACGCGAGUGCCACGCGUUCAGGAGACCAUCAAGGCGCUGAUCAAGCAGGAGCUGGGCAAGAACCUCAAUGCCGAUGAGUCGGCAACCAUGGGCGCCGUUUACAAGGCAGCCGAUCUCUCGGCGGGCUUUAAGGUGAAGAAAUUUGUGGUCAAAGAUGCCACGCUGUUCCCCCUGCAAGUCUCCUUCGAGCGGGAUCCUGGCGAUGGAGCCGCCGUGAAGCAGGUAAAGCGUGCUCUGUUCUCCCUGAUGAAUCCUUAUCCCCAGAAGAAGGUCAUCACCUUCAACAAGCACUCGGAUGACUUUGAGUUCUUCGUUAACUACGCUGAUCUAGAUCGCUACAGUCAGGAGGAGGUGGCCGCCUUGGGCAGCCUGAAUGUGACCCGAGUGCAGCUGAGCAAGGUGAAGGAGCUGCUGGAGAAAUCCAAGAAGGAACUGGUGGAGAACAAGGGCAUCAAGGCGUACUUCUACCUGGACGAUUCGGGCAUUUUCCGCUGCACGGGCGUGGAGUAUGUGUACGAGAAGCAGAAGGAGGAGGAGGAGUCGUCAUCGGAUGAGGAUAGCACCUUGUCCAAGCUGGGCAGCACCAUCAGCAAGCUGUUCACCAAGGAGGGCGAGGAGGAGGGCGAGAAGAAGGAGGACGAGGAGGCGGCGGCCAGUGAGGAGCCGGAGAAACCCAAGGAGGAGGAGCCAAAGCAAGAGGAUGCUAGUAAACAGGAGGCGGAGGCCAAGAAUGACACCAUUAAGCUGGUGACGGUUAAAUCCCCAGUGACCUAUGAAUCCCACACCCAGUUCACUGUUCCCUUGGCCGGCGAAGGCUACAAUAACGCAGUGGCCAAGCUGGCGGCGAUCAACAAGGCGGAGGAGCAGCGUGUGCGCCUGGAAUCCGCCUUUAACUCCCUGGAAGCCCACAUCAUCGAAGUGCAGCAGAAGCUGGAGGAGGAUUCCUAUGCCAAAUGCGUGACUGCCGAGGAGAAGGAGAAGCUCCUCGCGGAAUGUAGCUCUCUGGGCGAGUGGCUCUACGAGGAUCUGGAGGAUCCCAAGGCGGAGAUCUACGAGGAGAAGCUGGCGCAGCUGAAGAAGUUAUCCAACGUCUUUUUGGCCCGCCACUGGGAGCACGAGGAGCGACCAGAGGCCAUCAAGGCGCUCAAGGGAAUGAUUGAGGGCGCCGAAAAGUUCCUGCUGACCGGACGCAACCUCACCAAGGACACGAAUCCCGAGAAGGAUGUCUUCACCCAGGUGGAGAUCGAUACGCUUGCCAAAAUCAUCAGCGAGACGAAUGCCUGGCUGAAAACGGAGACGGCGGCCCAGAAGAAGCUGGCCAAGAAUGCCGAAAUCCGGCUGACCGUCAAGGAUAUCACCGAUAAGAUGAGCCUGCUGGAUCGCGAGGUCAAGUAUCUGGUGAACAAGAUCAAGAUCUGGAAGCCCAAGGUGAAGCCAGUCGCCGCGGAGAAGAAGAAGGAGGAGGAGCCGGUGGCCUCCGGCAGUGGCGAUGGCACUAAAGAGGCGACGGAGGAGCAGCAGGAUCAGCAGGAGCAGCCGGAAAAGGAGAAGCCUGUGGAGGAAAUCACGCCGACGCCCACGGAGGAGGCAGAAGAUGCCAAGACACCGCACAGUGAGCUCUAAGGAGCCAGCGAUUAUGGAGGAUUACAAAGAGAAGUGCCUGUUCUAGGGGGUCAAACACGGGGGAACAAGACGGGCGUCUUAAUUUCUAUGAUUUUUUUAGCUAAAGUCGGGGUUAAAUUAUGCUACUUCUAAUCUAAAACAAGAAACAAAAAAAAAAACACAAAAUCCACACACAAAAUAAUGUAAAACCGUUACUAAAAUGUAUAAACCACUUUCCAUUUCCGUACCAUUCCGCAUGGGAAAUACAAGACUUGAAGAAGUACUCACACGGUCCCCUCUAUAUAUCCACUAUAUAUAUCUUAUCGAACCAUUGUAGCGAAAGUAGCCAAACCAAUUGGGCGGGGAGCCGAGUUAAGAUCGUAAUAAAUCUGAAAUCG